GUGUGCGUUACGCUGUUGUGGUUGAUGGCGCCAAGCGACAGAAGAAAGUAACCAUGUUGUUGAGGUGGCUUAAUUAUGGAUAAAAGCGUUUUAAAGAUGUUGAUUGGUAUUUUUACCUGUUUAUAAACUUAGCAUUAGUGCUUACAUCGGUUGGAAGUGCAUAAAAGAAUUUGGUGUAAAGGCAUUUAAGUCCAACAGCCCACCUGCUAGUGCAGGUAGGUGUGUUUUAAAAUGGCCUCUGCUGCUAAAGGCAAAAGGAAUUUCAGUGUAUCACAAGAUACACGAGCUUCCUUUGGGAAAAAGAGAAGAAGAAGGUUUAGUGGUAGUGAGAGUGAAGAUAGCAGAGGGCCAUUUUCUUCAGCUUCUGGAAACCUAAGACUGUCUGAUCCUUCAAUGUCUAAGAUUUAUAACAGCUCUUUCAAAAACAAUAAACCAGCAGAGCUAUUUCGGAAAGAUCUGAUCAGUGCAAUGAAACUUCCAGACAGUGAACAGCUAGCUCCAGAAGAAUACUGGUUGAUAUCAGAUUCUUGGAAACAAGAUUGGGAAAAAGGAGUCCAGGUACCUGUUAAUCCAGAAAAUCUUGCAGAAUCUGCAGUACGGGUGAUAAGAAAAAAGGAAAAGAAGCACAAUUUUAAACUCCCUAAGAAAUUAAUAAGGUGCUCUCACGACCAAUUUUUUUCCAAUGACCUUCAUGUUCUUACCAAUGUUGCUACACAGGCUGAAAAAGUUUGCCGUUAUGAUCUAGAUGAUAUUGAUGUUCAGUGGCUGAAAAGGGUAAAUGAAGAACUUGAAGAAUUAGGGCAACCUCAAAUAGAAGAACAAAUGGUAGAGUAUCUCAUUGAAGAUCUAGAAACACAGUGCUUUGAAAAUCUCCAAGGAGCUAUUAAAAGUGAAGAGGGGCUUGGCAUUGAGUAUGAUGAGGAUGUUAUCUGUGAUGUUUGUAGAUCACCUGACUCGGAAGAAGGGAAUGAAAUGGUGUUCUGUGAUUCAUGCAAUAUUUGUGUUCAUCAAGCUUGUUACGGCAUUACUAAUAUCCCUGAAGGAAGCUGGGUGUGCAGAACUUGUGCUCUUGGUCUCCGGCCAUCUUGCCUUCUUUGUCCAGACAAAGGUGGAGCCAUGAAAACAACAAGGAGUGGUCGAAAAUGGGCUCAUGUAAGCUGUGCCUUGUGGAUACCAGAGGUCAGUAUAGGAAAUGUUGAUAAGAUGGAGCCAAUUAUCAAGAUUUCAGACAUCUCGCCAAGAAGGUGGUCUCUUGUGUGUUCCCUGUGUCGAGAAAGAGUAGGUGCUUGCAUACAGUGCUCAGUGAAAACAUGCAAAACUGCCUACCAUGUCACUUGUGCCUUCAAAAAUAACCUUGAUAUGAAAGCAAUCAUUGAGGAUGAGAAAGAUGAUGAUGGAGUGAAGCUUAGAUCUUACUGUCAGAAGCAUAGCCAGAAGAAAGAUUCCAACUUAUCAUCAGAUUCAGAAGAUGAAAAUGAAAGUCCAAGGAAGAAGAAGAAGAAUGAAAAAAAUCAGAAACCAAAAAAAGAAUAUGAGAUAUCUUGUGAGGAACAAGCCAAAGCAAAAAAAAUUCAACAGAUGUCAUCAGAGUUCUACAACUAUGUGAAUACUGAAGAGAUGGCAGAACUAUUACAAGUAAAUCCAACUGUUGUGGAUUUUGUUUAUCAGUAUUGGAAACUGAAAAGAAAAGCUCAAUUUGACAAGCCAUUACUUACCCCAAAAGAAGAAGAAUCUGACAUUCUUGGAAGGAAGCAAGAAGACAGUCUGUAUGCUCGUAUGAAAAUGUUUGUACAUUUACGACAAGACUUGGAAAGGGUGAGAAACCUGUGCUAUAUGGUGAGUAGGAGAGAAAAGCUUUUCCGUUCUUGGCUGAAACUAAGAGAGGAAAUAUUCCAAACCCAAGCCAAAACUUUAGCCAACAAGUCUCUCAAACUGACAAACCAAGAUAUUGAAGCUGUGAUGUUAGCUAAUCGAGGAUCAUCUGUCUAUGAUAAGAUUUAUUCAAGGGAUAGAGAAUUAGCACCUCACACUUUAGCUGUGUUAGCAAAACUCAAUCCUGUAGAGUACACAUAUGUUGAAAAAGUUGAAAAGAAGAAAAAGGAAAAGCCCUCUUUCCAGAGGCUUCCCAACCCAUAUGCAAAACAGUACAUCAAUGGUACCCAUGCUCGAUCAAAGAGGAGAUUGUCUUCAGUGCUAAAUGGAAGUAAAAAUCUUGAGAAAUCUUCUGAGUCUGCCUUUUUUGCCUCUAAGAUGCAAGAUGAUAUGAAAAUGGAUAUGGAUGCUACUUAUCAAUCAGUUGAUUUCAAAGAAUUACCUGAAACUUCAGAAGUUAAAAUGGCUACUGUGGAUACAAGCUUAUUUGUUGAUAAAUCUUUCUCAUUGUCUUCGGAAAGUAUCAAAGUAUCAGGUGAAAAUGCUUGCAGAGGACUUGGUGAUGAUUUAGAAUUAAAAAUCUGUAAAAAGAAGUUGUGUUGUGAUUUAGUGGAAGGAAAUGAUGAAAAGGAAUCAGAUGACAUGUUGAAUAUGAAUAAUAAUAAAAAAUGUGGUGGUGAGACUGAGUUGGAAGACAAGGAAUGCAAUGGUGAGGUAGAGGUGAACAUUGGUGAAAAGAAAUUGGAUGGUGAACCAGAGGUGACAUGUAUUAAAAAACAUUUGGAUUGUGGGGUUGAGAUGAAGAUUAAUAAAGAAAUUAAUGAUGAGAUAAAAGUUGAUAAAAAAGAGUUUGGUGGUGGGACAGAGGUGGUUAUUGAAAAAGAUACUGUUAGUGAGCCAGUUGUGAAGGUUAGUAAAAGAGGGUUGGCUGGUGAGACUGAAGUAGAGACUAGUAAAGGGGAAUUAUGUGAUAAGACUGAAGUAAAGGCUGAUAAAAAGGAAUUGGGUAAUGGAGCUGAAGUAAAGGUUGGUAAAGAGGAAUUGGGUAAUGAGGCUGCAGUAAUGACUAGUAAAGGAGAAUUGAAUGGUCAGAAAGAAGUAAAAGUUAAUAAAGGGGAAUUUUAUAGUGAGGCUAAAGUAAAGGCCACUAAAGGGGAGUUGGAUAGUAAGGCUAAAGUAAAGGCUGGUAAAGAAGAAUUGAGUAGUGAAGCUAAAGUAAAUGCUAGUAAAUUGGAAUUGGAUAGUAAGGCUAAAGUAAAUGCUAGUAAAGGGGAAUUGGAUAGUGAAGCUAAAGUAAAGGCUACUAAAGGGGAAUUGGAUAGUGAGGCUAAAGUAAAGGCUAGUAAAGGAGACUUGAGUAAUGAGGCUAAUGUAAAGGCUAGUAAAGGAGAAUUGAGUAAUGAGGCUAAUGUAAAGGCUAGUAAAGGAGAAUUGAGUAAUGAGGCAAAUGUAAAGGCUAAUAAAGAGGAAUUGAGUAGUGAGGCUAAAGUAAUGACUAGAAUUGGGGAAUUGAGUAGUGAGGCUAAAGUAAAGGCUAGUAAAGGGGAAUUGGUUAGUGAGGCUAAAGUAAUGACUAGCAUAGGGGAAUUGAGUAGUGAGGCUAAAAUAAAAGCUAGUAAAGGGGAAUUGGGUAGUGGGGUUAAUGUAAAGGGUAGGGAAUUGGGUAAUGAGGUUAAUGUAAAGGCUAGUAAAGAGGAAUUGGGUAAUGAGGCUAAUGUAAAAGUUAGUAAUGGGGAAUUUGAAAGUGAGGCAGUGAUGAAAGGCAGCAGAAAGAAAUUUACUAGUGGUGCUGGGGCAAAGGUUUCUGUCAGAGAAUCAGUUAAUAUACCUCAGAAGGAAGUAUCUUUGAAUAAAUCAGAUGGAAAGUCAGAAGUGUUGGCCACUACAAAACAGUCAGGUGGAGAUGUGGAACCCUGUUCUAUGGAAAAUAAAAGUGAAACACUUGCUUCAAACACAAACAUAGAAGGACUAGGAGAGAGAGAGAGAGUCAGUAAAUCAGUAUCAGAGUUAGGUUCUUUUAAAGUAAACCACGUAGGAAAAUUAGUUGACGACUUACCUGUGAUAGAAAACAUUAAAGACACUAAAAGUGAUAUUGGAAAUGUGAAAUAUAUCAACAGAUCUUUUUCUUCAGAUAUGUUAAAGGAGGUUGAUGUAACAUUGGAAAGAACUGAUCAAUUUUUAAAAACGCCACCUCCAUUAUCCAAAGGUCCAGAAAAAUCUCUACUAGGUUUGACAAAUUCACAGAAAUCCCCAGUUUUAUCAAAAACCUCAAAAAGAGAUGAUAAAUUACUCAUACAUAAACAGUCUAGUUUAGAUAAUUCAUCCAGUAACGAAAGACUAAGAGAAGAAAGUACAAAAAUUUGUGAAUCCAUCUUUGUAAACUCAACUGCUUCUAAGGGUUCAUUAAGUGGGUAUCGAAUCCCCAAGAAAUCUAAAUCAGGAAACAAAAACACCACCUCAGAGAAUGUAAGAGGAAACUCUCCUAUUUCACCCCUUUCAGAAGUUUCCUCUUUAAAAAGAGAGACUUUUUCAGCCAGCGAUGGUUAUAAAAAAUUCAGAACUUCAAGAAACUGGAAGAAUAGUCGGGAGUUUAAUAGCCACUCUGUACUGUUGAAUGGUGAAAACCAAAGCCAAUCAAAGAGGCUAGUCAUCAAGUUACGCAAGGAUCCAAACUUUCCUGACUCUCACCGGUGGAAAAGAGACCCCACUUUUGGAGAAGGUGCUGGUGCCUUUAAAGUUGUACAAAAUGAUUGGCAAUCACCACCCAAAAAAACUGAUCACAACCUACGUUCAGACAGAAGAAUUCAGCUUUCUGAUCCAACAUGGGUGGCCUCAAAAGACUGUGGUAGUAAAGAAAAUGGUACAAAUAGUAGGUAUUCAAUGAGGUUUCGAACCAAUUCGAACAUGUGUAAACCAGACACAGGAGUAAGCUAGCACAGACUAUUUUCUGAUGCUAACUGAAAAUCAGUGAGAACUUUUACAAGCACAAGAUUAUAUAAAAACUUAUCACUUAUAUUUUCCAAAUAUUUGCAUUUGUAAAAUCUUGCAUUAUUUUAAAUCAUCUGUAAAUAUAUUUUAAACUUCAUCCUAUUUGAUUGAAAAGUAAAAUGAAAAACAAAAAAAAAAUUUUUAUGAAUAUUGUAUAUUUCAAAAGUUGAUAGCUGUAAAGAGGUUUUCUAAUACAAUGUGUAUAUUUUCCAUUUUGUUACAGUUGCUUUUCAGUUUUUUAAGUGCAAAGGUCAAGUGCACUAGAUUACGUUGUUUUUUAAGUUGAUAAAUGAAAUGUUUGCUUAAUCAGAAAUUGUUUCAUAUGUUUUUUAAUGAACCGUGACACGAGUAAUGCAGUCUACUGUCCUUUGAUAAGUAAGUAUUAUAAUAAACAUUAAAAGAAUAGUUUAUAGCAAUAUCUAUUAGAUUUAGGGUUUUUGUUUAGCCUAAUAUCUUUCUGUGAUUAUGCUCAGAUGUAACUUAAUUUUUUAAAACUAGUGAUUGUAUGUCAGAUUAAGUGACAUAGGUUUUUUUUCACAGAUUUUGAUAAAAUUUUUUAUUUGGUACUAAGAAGAUCAAGACUAAAAAAUGACUGUUGUAGAUAUUCCAGUGUUAACCAAUUAGUAAUAGUUAAGGAUACAAAAUAUUCAGGGUGUUGGAAGCCAAACAAUCAGUUAAACAUUACAUUAAACUUUUGUUUAGAGUUGUUCUUGGGGGGAGGGAUUUUACAUUAGCAAAAUAUGAUUAAGUCUGAUGUGUUUGUGUAUAUGUUAGUCUGGGCUUCAUAUGGUUGAAACUGGAAUUUUGAAUUCAAUGUCAGUAUCCACUAUGCACUUUGAUUACCACAUAUCCCUGUACAAUGUCAGUAUCCACUAUGCACUUUGAUUACCACAUAUUCCUGUACAAUGUCCGUAUCCACUAUGCACUUUGAUUACCACAUAUCCCUGUACAAUGUCAGUAUCCACUAUGCACUUUGAUUACCACAUAUCCCUGUACAAUGUCAGUAUCCACUAUGCACUCUGAUUACCACAUAUUCCUGUACAAUGUCCGUAUCCACUAUGCACUUUGAUUACCACAUAUCCCUGUACAAUGCUAGUUCUGCCAAAAGUUUCCCUCCACUCACACAUAUAUAUGUGUGUGUUGACUAAACUAGUGUCAUGGAUCGUUGUAUUAAAAGAGAAAAUUGUAUUUUAUUUACAUAUUUGGUAAUAUAUACUAUGUAUAUACAGACUACUGCUAAAGAGAAGGGUUUUAGAUGAUCGAGAGAUAUAAUGUAAGUUUAAAGGAAAUUCUAAUAAACGUAGAAUUUGCAAAACUGAAACUGUAUAGGCAUGAAGAAACCUGUAUUUUCAGAAGAAUUAAUUAUUUAAAUUACUCCCCAUUAUAUCCAGCUAAUUCAGUUCAAUAAUCUCUUUUCAUUUAUUAAAAACUAGUUAAUUCAGAUUGGUAAUCUCUGUUGUCAUUUAUUAAAACCCACCUAAUUCAGUUCACUAAUCUCUGUUGUCAUUUGUUAAAGCCCACCUAAUUCAGUUCAGUAAUCUGUUGUCAUUUAUCA